AUGAUGGGGUCAGACAGCACCGGUCAACCCGGCCAAGGGGAUCAGGCGAAAGAAGUUCAAUUCCACCACCCACUCUCCGCCGCAGAUCAGAUGCAAACCCUAACCCUCAGCGGCGUCAACGACGGCAGCGACGACGUCUCGGUCUCCAAGUCCUACUCCAACUACCGCAGCGCCAUGACCACCAUUUCCACCUCCUCCUCCUUCGCCACCGCCGAUAACCCACUUCUUCCGCCUCCGUCCAUCGCCGCCACUCCCGUCGCCUCCGAUCCCCUCCUCUUCCCCGCUCGCAGCCCGUCCCUCGAUUCCCCUUCCUACGCUGACGUCAUCCACAGCCCGUUCCACGACGGGGUCCCCGAAUCCAAUGGCAACGGGAUCGCCGUCUCCGAUGUAGUUACCGUCUCGCCCAGGGGAUCCUCGCUGUCCGGCCCCGAUCAAUUGAAGAUCACGGUUUCGAAUCCCCAGAAGGAGGCGGAGUCGUCCAACUCUAUUGUCCCCGGCGGCAACACCUACAUCACUUAUCUGAUCACUACGAGUACGGAUCUUCCAGAUUAUGGGGGAUCCGAUUUCAGCGUACGGCGGAGAUUCAAGGAUGUUGUUACUCUGUCGGAUCGGCUGAGUGAAGGCUACAGGGGUUUUUUCAUCCCUCCUCGUCCCGACAAGAGUGUGGUCGAGAGCCAGGUCAUGCAGAAGCAGGACUUUGUGGAGCAGAGGAGAGUGGAGCUGGAGAAGUACCUGAGGAGGCUCGCGAGGCAUCCCAUGAUCAGGAAAAGUGACGAGCUAAGGGUGUUUCUGACUGUUCAGGGGAGAAUGCCGCUGCCCACGAGCAUUGAUGUGGCGUCGAGGAUGCUUGAUGGGGCCGUGAGGCUGCCGAAGCAGCUUCUGGGGGAGUCGCGGAGUGUGAUUGAGCCUCAGGAUGUGGUGCACUCGGCCAAAGGCGGGAGGGACAUGCUGAGGUUCUUUAAGGAACUGAAGCAGUCUGUUGUCAAUGACUGGGGUAGUUCAAGGCCUCCUGUAGAGGAGGAGGAUAAGGAGUUCCUGGAGAAGAAGGAGAAGUUGUGGGAACUUGAGCAGCAUCUUACUAAUGCAUCUAAACAGGCAGAAUCACUGGUUAAAGCACAGCAAGAUGUGGGUGAGGUAAUGGGAGAAUUGGGAUUGGCCUUCAUUAAGUUAACAAAAUUCGAGAAUGAGCAGGCAGCAUUAAAUACUCAAAGAGCGAGGGCUGCUGACAUGAAGACUCUGGCUACUGCAGCUGUCAAAACAAGCAGACUAUAUCGAGAAUUAAACGCACAUACCGUGAAACAUUUGGACACGCUGCACGAAUAUAUGGGGAUGAUGCUAGCUGUACACAGUGCAUUUUCUGAUCGAUCUAGUGCCUUAUUGACUGUUCAAACUCUUAUAUCUGAAUUGUCUUCUUUGCAUUCAAGAGCUGAGAAACUUGAUUCUGCAUCAUCCAAAAUCUUUGGUGGUGAUAAGUCAAGGAUCCGCAAAUAUGAAGAGCUAAAAGAUGCGAUUAGGGUCACGGAAGAUGCUAAAUGUUGUGCGAUUAAAGAAUACGAAAGGAUUAAGGAAAAUAACAGGAGUGAAAUCCAGCGGUUAGAUACAGAAAGGCAGGCGGACUUUGUUAACAUGUUAAAAGGAUUCGUUGUUAAUCAGGUUGCAUAUAGUGAGAAAAUUGCAAGCGAGUGGUCUAAACUUGCAGAGGAGACGAGCAAAUAUGCGGAACAGAGCUUGUAA